AUGACUGCAGGCAAUAUCCUUGAUAAUCUUCCCGCACCGGGAGUACCAUACUACACCCCAGCCCAGAGACCACCAUCCGGCACAGCAACCAUCGAAAACCCACCCAAGCUCUUCGACCCGCUGACAGUACGAGGCGUCACAUUCCAAAACCGCAUCUUCCUCGCACCACUAUGCCAAUACUCGGCGGAAAACGGGUACGCCACAGACUGGCACCUCACGCAUCUUGGCGGCAUCAUCCAGCGCGGACCCGGACUAGCCUUGAUGGAAUCGACCGCCGUCCAGAAAGAAGGUCGAAUCACACCACAGGACAUCGGACUAUGGGAAGACGGACAGAUUGAACCGCUGAAGCGCAUUAUCGACUUUGCGCACAGCCAAGACCAGAAAAUUGGUGUUCAACUCAGUCAUGCCGGUCGCAAGGCUAGUACCGUUGCGCCAUUUGUGUCUAUGAAUGCGACUGCGACGGCCGAUAUUGAUGGCUGGCCUGAGGAUGUUGUUGCGCCUUCUGCUGUCCCGUUCAAUGAUGUUUACCCGCAGCCGCGGGAGAUGAGUCUUGCUCAAAUCCAGGAAUUCAAGGAGGCGUUUGUUGCGGCGGCGGUGAGGGCUGUCAGAGCUGGGUUUGAUGUUGUUGAGAUCCACGCUGCGCAUGGGUAUCUCAUUCAUCAGUUUUUGAGUCCGAUUAGUAAUAGGCGGAUCGAUGCGUAUGGCGGCAGUUGGGAGAACAGGACGCGGUUGACGUUGGAGAUUGUUGAUUUGGUUCGGGCUGUGAUUCCGGGGACCAUGCCCUUGUUUGUACGCCUCAGUGCGACGGACUGGUUUGAUGAUAUGACUGAUGAGUUCCCUGAGAGUUGGACUGUUGCUGAUAGUGUCAAACUUGCUCCUAUCCUUGCAAGUCGCGGGGUUGACUUUUUGGAUGUCAGUUCUGGUGGGAUUCAUCCGCUUCAGGGAACGAGUAUCAAAUCUGGUCCUGGAUACCAGGCGCCAUUUGCGCUUGAGAUCAAAAGGGCUGUUGGUAAUAGCAUGAUUGUCUCUGCUGUUGGGGGUAUUCGGACUGCCGAGCUUGCGCAGAAGCUCAUUGAUGAUGGGUUGGAUGUGAUUAUGUGUGGGCGUUGGUUUCAGAAGAAUCCGGGCUUGGUGUAUUCAUUUGCUGACGACCUCGGGGUGGAUGUCAAGAUGGCGAAUCAGAUUGCUUGGGGAUUCAAAGGUCGAACGAAGAAGCAGAGAAGCGACUAG